AUGCGUUACUUUAUGGACGCACUGUAUAUACGAUAAUUUCAGUUAAGACCAAAUAAGUGUUGUUGUUAAUCUAAAACUCCAAACAGAAAAAACAGUUCGAGUGUGAUAUAAUAAAAUACUUCAUAGUUUUAUAUGAAAUAAUUUUAAUAUGUGGUAACCUUUAAGCAACAAGACAAGAACAAGACCAUCACAGAAUUGCGCCAAAUGUAGACAACUUACCGUUACCGUUUUCUACCAUCAUUACAGUCUCAUUUUUUCAAGGGAACCUGACUGGAUGUUAUAAAAUAAGAUACGAGGUACGAGGCAGGCAACCGGCAACUGUUAAGGUUAUGUUUACUUCUCAAACCUAACCUAAGUUUCAAAAAUUCAAAACAAGUAAAUAAUAUUUUUUUAAUUUUUGUAGCGUUAAUUUUUGUUUAAACUUUAUUAAAUAUGGUACAAAAGGAACUUCAGAAAGUAAAUUUACCUUGGGUUGAAAAAUAUCGUCCAAGUACACUUGAUGAUUUAGUGUCUCAUGAAGAUAUUAUAAAAACUGUCAGUAAAUUUAUUCGAGAUGAUCAGGUACCCCACUUGCUGUUUUAUGGACCCCCUGGUACAGGAAAAACAAGUACAAUUUUGGCAUGUGCGAAACAAUUAUAUACUCCCGCCCAGUUUUCGUCGAUGGUCUUAGAGUUGAAUGCUUCAGAUGACAGAGGAAUAGGUAUUGUCAGAGGCCAGAUUCUGACAUUUGCCAGUACAGGAACAAUGUUCAAGUCUGGCUUUAAGCUUAUUAUUCUAGAUGAAGCUGAUGCGAUGACAAUGGAUGCACAAAAUGCCCUUAGACGUAUAAUCGAAAAAUAUACGGAAAAUGUGAGAUUUUGUAUAAUUUGCAAUUACCUGAGCAAGAUCAUACCUGCCCUUCAGUCUCGUUGUACUCGAUUUCGAUUUGGUCCUCUGUCUCCUGAACAGAUUCUGCCAAGACUGAACUACGUCAUCGAUGAAGAAAAAGUAUCUGUAACAGAAGACGGCAAAAAAGCUUUACUUACUCUAGCUAAUGGCGAUAUGCGAAAAGUACUGAACGUGCUACAAAGUACAUGGUUGGCAUACAAACAAGUCACAGAGGACAACGUGUACACGUGCGUGGGCCACCCGCUCAGAACGGACAUCGAGAGCAUCGUCAAAUGGUUGCUGAACGAAGACUUCAAAACCACGUACAAUAACAUCAAAGAAUUAAAAAUGAUCAAAGGGCUGGCCCUGCACGAUAUACUUACAGAGGUGCACAAGUACGUCCAUAGGAUCGAGUUUCCGUUUGAUGUCAUGAUCGAUUUGCUCGAGAAGAUGGGCGAAAUUGAAUAUCGAUUGUGUGCUGGUGCCAAUGAGAAUAUUCAACUCACAGCUUUAAUAUCUGCGUUCCAGGAUGUUAAGGAUAUCAAAGCUCCAGAAGAAUCUCACUGAUUUUGUACUCCGCUAAGUUCUUAUUUCAUAUGUAAUAUUUUUUUACUAAAUUUUGUUAAAAAGA